AUGCCCCUCGAAAUCCUAGAAGGCGAAGCCCCUCCUCCUCCUCCCUUGGGCUCCCUUCCACUAGAGAAAUACAUCCUUUCACAAUGGGACUCCGUCAGACCAGCACCAGCAGGAGCAUACCCCGCGCCAAUAUCGGAGACCCCCUCUGAGCGUCGCACCCGUCUAAUACGCCAAUUCCUGGAGCUGGGAAGUCAAGGUCGAGAGCCCUACAACACCCAAUCCCAAUCCGAGAAAGAAAGCCGCCCAACGCUCGCCCAGAUUGACACAAUCCUCCGCCCUCUCCGCCCCGAGCAACUCCGCCCCUACGCGGACUACACAGGCUCCCUAGAUGAAGGCCUCUACCUGCGUCUCUGCUAUGACGACUCAAAAGAGGAAGCUCACAAGGCCGUCUGGGCGGGGAAUCUCGACGUGGCGUUCGUCGGCCCGGACGGGAUUAUUCUUGACGAUAGGGAGAUAUUUGGCCAAUGCUCGUCUUUUUCGGAUGCGUUGGGAGUUUUUCCAGAGCGGGUUACGAAUGGUGGUGGGGUGGGACAUGUUCAGGCUAGAGAGAGAGCGUUGAGGGAAGCUUUGAGUCAAGAACAGGGUGAAGAGGACGAAGGCCAAGGAGAUGAGGGAGAGGGAGGGAACUUGGUACGCUACGCAGCGUAUCACGCGGCUUGUGUCGUGACCCAUUUGUUUGUGGAGGAUGAGGAGGCGCUCAAUGGCACGGGAUUGCUGCAUAUCUUUCUGGAUGACUGCGGGAAUGUAGUGAGGCAGUGGCGGACAGAUAAUGAGGGAGGGGACUAUGAUUUUGAUGGGACGUGGAAGGAGGGUGUUUGGAGGGAGGAUUUUUAUGCUGGGAGGGGAGAGUUGGGGCCUGCUUAUCGUGCUGGAGGGAUAAGGGGGCCGCCGUAUUCAGUUUUGGGGUAG